UCUUUAGGCAUACUUUACCUAAUAUCAACCUAGUAAAUGAAAGUUAAGAUUAUGCAUUACGUAGAUAAGAGCACACACGUAUAUAUAGGACCAAUUGCAGCAUAUAUUAGAUACCCCAGUUCAGUCGCUAUUCACCGGGUAUAUUCUCAGUGUAGGUUAAUAAAGUGAAUAAGGGAUAAAAUGAAUGAAAUAUGAAACCCCGUGGUCUACUAAAAGGUGCCUCUCAGGUGGUUCGUCGACAUGAGAUAAAAAUAGAGAAGAAUCUUGUUGUGAACUUUUGCCUAAGAAUGGAUGACGGAAACCAGCACACCCAGGCCAUGAAGAAGUACCCGCAGCUGCCCGUUCAUGUGGUGGAGGAGCACAACAAUGCCCUCCAGCACAUCCUCCGUGCAGUGGGCUCCAAACACCUGCCCUUCACCCACAAUCUCCUCAUCCACUUUGACUCCCACCCUGACCUCUUAAUCCCAGCUGACCUCAAAGCCUCAGAGGUGUUCAACGUCCCCGACAUGCUGGAGAAACUAAGCAUUGAGAACUGGAUCCUUGUGGCUGCCUAUGCCGGCCAGAUCUCCACUAUCGUCUGGGUGAAGCCGCCUUGGGCAAGCCAGAUAGAGGAUGGUCACUACACCUUCCUCAUUGGGGAGCAGAGAGGCACAGAAAACAUCAGAAUCUCAUGUCCGGCUCUUUACUUUGUGGGCGAGAUGCUUUACUGCAAGGCCGAGGAUCUGGAAAAUGCUAAAGAAGUGAGUCUGCAUGUUCACACCUUAUGGAGUGAAGUGGACGUGGAGGAACUGAAGGAAGACCUUUUACAACUAAUUAAGAAUCACGACAACUAUUACACCCUUGACGUGGAUCUGGAUUUCUUCUCCACCACGAACCCUUUCCUCACAAUGCACAGCGAGGUAAACAUGUACGAGAGACUCAAGGAGAUCUACCGCUUCAACUACACCCAAACAGAAGAGACGCAAGUGAUUGAGGAGCACGUCAAGAGGCGAUGUAAGCAGAUUAAGACUCUGCAGGGAGUGUUCAGCCACCUCCAGACGCUUGAGAUUCCCAUGGUGACACCAGCAGAGGUGGACAGUGUGUGUCAGGCCAUAGAGGACCCCAAGCAGAGGGAGCUGGUGGCUGCACUCAUCUUGGACCUGGCAAAGGAGUACCCAGGAAAUGAUGAGGAGGAAGGAGUGUACUGGGAGCUGGUGCAUGACGCAGGCAGUACCAUAGACGACGACGCCCACCAACUGCCUCAUCACGUGUCUUCUCAAGAGGAAAUUGACUCCCUCAUGGAGGCCUUCUGCUCCCUGGUCGCCUGCCUGCCCCAGCCCACACUGGUGACCAUGGCACGCUCUAGCGUAGACGACUACUGCCCCCCAGACCAAGUGGACGGCAUACAGGAAACCGUGUGUAGCUUCCUACGUAAAAAGUAUGACAUAGACUGCCAAAAACAUUAUCAAGAUUGAGUUGUUUUUAUUGUAUCUGGAUUCCAUGACAGUCUUCCUGUGCUACAUUUUUAGUGUUCGAUAGAAUUAGUAUGAAAAUUUCUACAAAAAUAGUUAAAUACAGCAUAUGGAGUACUUUGUUAUAUUGUUUCAUAAACAAGUGUUUUAUAUGUAUUAAAAAUUCUGCUCUGUAAAUUGAAAUAGUAUGUAACAAAAUAUACAUGUAAAGACUGGUUCAUGAUUAAAAUGGUCAUUUGCUUUGGCUCUACAAUUACAUAAUUAUCUCCUGAAGCACAGCAGUGGAGCUCUAGAAUUCAUUGAGAAUUUUUUUACAUAACUGAAGAAAUUAUGACCACAAUACUCUAAUGUAUAAAGCAGCACUUCAAUGCAACUGUAACUUUUUCACUUCAAUCUUCUUUGCUGGUUGUUCCCACCUGGAAUGACAAAAAUGUUGUAAGCCAAUAAAGCAUUCACACUACCAA